GGUCUCUUAACUCUUCACUGCCGCGUCAUAUUCAUCAUGGCGCCAAAGCAUCGUUUUGGCUUUGCGGUAUGACAACUCUCGCACUAUCACUUUUGGCUCUCUUGCCUCUAACGUCUUGUGUCUCGAUACCGCAAUAUGACCUCCAGCGCCGUUAUCCUGUCGUCGCCAUCAAUUCCAGCGUCACUGCUGUCGUCGAAGAUGCAGUAACGGCCGCUGCUUCCAGUUACUGGCUCGAGAACAUUGCCAAGCAGGGCAGAGCUGCCUUCAACGACAACCCCUCGAGUUACAAGGUGUUCCGUAACGUCAAGGACUAUGGAGCUACAGGUAACGGAGUGUCUGACGACACCGCCGCUAUCAAUGCCGCCAUCCAGGAGGGUAGCCGCUGUGGAAACGGGUGUGAUUCGUCCACUGUAACCCCGGCACUGGUCUACUUCCCCGCUGGCACGUACCGUGUCUCGGCACCGAUCGUGGCCAUGUACUACUCCCAGCUGGUCGGUGAUCCCAUCAACCGGCCCACCAUCAAGGGCUUGCCUGGAUUCAGCGGUAUGGCUCUGAUCGAUUCCGACCCGUACAACCCCGAUGGCAGCAACUGGUACACCAACCAGAACAACUUCUUCCGCUCCGUCCGCAACAUGAUCAUCGACACCACCGACAUGCCCGUGGGCGCUGGAACCGGAAUGCACUGGCAGGUGGCCCAGGCCUCGAGUUUGGUCAACCUCAAGUUCGUCAUGUCUCAGGCUGCCGGCAACUCGCACCAGGGUAUCUUCAUGGACAACGGCUCCGGCGGGUUCAUGAGCGAUUUGGAAUUCGUGGGCGGAAAAUACGGUGCUUUCUUCGGAAACCAGCAGUUUAUGACUCGCAACCUGGUGUUCAAGAACUGUCAGACCGCCAUCUACGUCAACUGGGACUGGCAGUGGACCUUCAAGUCGAUCGAUAUCUCCAACUGCGGCGUCGGUAUCGACUUCUCCGGUCUCGAUAACAACGGGGCCCAGAACGUCGGCAGUAUCAUCGUCAUGGAUUCCAAGAUCACAAACACCCCCAUCGGUAUCAAGACCAGCCGAACCGGUACCUCUCAGCCCACUAGUGGUGGAUCGUGCGUGUUGGAUAAUGUCUUCCUGUCUGGUGUCACCCAGGCAGUUGCUUCUGCCAGCGGCGCCACCAUUCUCGCCGGAGGAACUUUCACCAUCGAUCUCUGGGGGCAGGGCAGAACCUACAACACCGAUGGCUCGGUCCAGACCAUCCAGAACAACAUGGCUCGCUCGUUUGCUAAGCCCACUGCUCUCCUCGACGCAUCCGGCAAGAUCUUUGAGCGCUCCCGACCCCUGUACCAGGACGUUGCUGCCUCGAACUUCAUCUCUGCCCGCUCCCAAGGCGCCAAGGGUGACGGCACUACCGACGACACAGCGGCGAUUCAGAAGCUCUUCGCCACCUAUGGUGGUGACCUUAGCAAGGUGAUCUACUUCGAUCACGGUGUCUACCUGGUUUCGGACACCAUCCAGAUCCCCGUCAACACUCGCAUCGUCGGUGAGGUCUGGUCCGUCAUCAUGGCAGCCGGCUCCGGCUUCCAGGACCGCAACAACCCCAAGGCCGUGUGGAGAGUCGGUAACCCCGGUGAUAAGGGAACCGUCGAGAUGCAGGAGCUGCUCUUCCAGACCCGUGGUCCCCAGCCCGGUGCUAUCCUCAUGCAGUGGCACUCGCGCGACCCCGAUGGUCAGCAAGGAGUGAACGCCCUGUGGGAUGUGCACUUCCGUGUUGCCGGAUCCCGCGGAACCCAGCUCGAGGUGGCCCAGUGCCUCAAGAACCCGACCGCCACCGUCGGCACCCCGAAUGCAUCGUGCGAGGUCGCCUUCAUGCUGCUGCACAUCGCCAAGACGGCCAGCGUCUACAUCGAGAACUGCUGGGCCUGGACCAGUGACCACGCUCUCGACCGGCCCUUCGACCAGAUCACCGUUUACAACGGCCGUGGCAUCCUCGCCGAGUCGGAGAACGGCCCCGUCUGGAUGUAUGCCGCCGCCGCCGAGCACAACACGCUGUACCAGUACCAGCUGCAGAACACGCAGAACGUGUUCAUGGCAAUGAUCCAGUCUGAGACUCCGUACUUCCAGUCCAACCCCGGCGCGCAGGUUCCGUUCCCGACCUUGAGCGCUUGGGGCGACCCAAGCUACGCGUCGUGCACGACCGCGAGCUGCCGCAAGUCGUGGGCUCUCCGCAUCCUCAACUCGCGCAAGACCCUGAUCUACGGCGCUGGACUUUACAGUUUCUUUGAGAACUACUCGCAAGACUGCAUCAAGACGCGCACCUGCCAGGACUCGAUCGUCGAGAUCCGCAACAGCCCCGACGUGACCAUCUUCAACCUCAACACGAUAGCAUCGAAGAGCAUGGUGGAUUACAACGGGCAGAAAAUCAUCAAUGCCGACGACAACCUCAACACCUUCUGCCAGACCGUCAUGGAGAUCAGCACUUCGUAGAAUGGGGUGGGCUGUCCUCCGUGCGGAAAGCCGAGGUGUGAGCCGUGUAGGCCGAGGAGGGUGAGGAGGUGGGGAAGGUUGAGAUGGCGGAGAGGGUAGCGAUGGCAGAGAUGGUAGCGAUGUGUGUAUGAUUGUGAUUUGAUUUUUGGUUUUGGUUUUGGUUACGGUUACGGUUGCUGCGUGCCUUUCUUUGGAUAUGUUUGUAUGUACAAGUGGACUGUCUUGGACAUGUCGGAGAGUUCUGCUCCUCUCUGUCUCUGUCUCUCUCUCACUCGUUUCUCUCGUGAUAUCCCCCAAAGCUUGGACGUUGCACGGAUCGUCGGGACUCGGCAUCUACCUAUUACGUUACAUACGGUCG